AAAAUAGUUAAAGUAACAUGAAAAAUGAAAUUAAGGUAACAUGAAAAAUGUUACAAACACAAACCGACACAAAGGUUCCAUAGAGAUUUGGUUUCUUUGAAACCAAGCUUUUCUUACUUCACUCAUCCAAAUCUAGUGCUUCACUUGCAAAUCUCACAAAGAUGGGUUCAGUUUCACUGAAAAUUGGAGAUGGAACAGCAAGAUUCAAAAGAGCAACACUUUGUUCUUCAGCUGUUAACAUUCUCAUGAUUUUCUGUGUCAUCACAACCAAUCUCUUUGCUCUCUAUGCUUUCACUUCAUCUUCCUCAAAAAACCACACCACCACCAACACCAACAACAGUAACCUUAAUCUUCACAAAAACAUCUCUCUUGUCUCAGAACAAGUCUCACUCAUACUCAGAGAGAUAGAUUUGUCUCAAAAGAAACUAGCCCAGAUGGAAAAACAGCUUCUUGGUUAUGAAAGCAUUGAUCUUUCAAGACCCAACAUUGCAAAUGAGCUGAAAAUCUUCCUCCAAAGACAUCAACUUCCUUUAGGCAAGGAUUCAAGAACUGGGAUCACUGAAAUGGUGUCAUCAGUUGGUCAUUCUUGUGAGAAAAGUGCAGACUUGUUGUCACAGUUCAUGAGUUACAAGGCUUCUGGAGCUUGUCCUGAUGAUUGGAGUGUAGCUCAGAAACUGAUCUUAAAAGGGUGUGAGCCUUUACCUAGAAGAAGGUGUUUUUCAAAAACUGUUUCAAAAUCAGGUUUUUUUCCUUUUCCUGUUUCUCUUUGGAAGCCUCUUGGUAAUAACACUUUUAAUUGGAGUGGUUUGAAUUGUAAGAGUUUUGAAUGUUUGAAAGGAAAGAAAUUGAGUAGAGAUUGUGUUAAUUGUUUUGAUUUGGUUAGUGGUGGAAAUGAGAAUCAGAGAUUUGUGAAGUCAAAAAGUAAAAAUGAUUUUUUGGUUGAUGAUGUUUUAGCAUUAGGAAAUGGUGGAAUUAGAAUGGGGUUUGAUAUUGGUGGUGGUUCUGGUUCUUUUGCUGCUAGAAUGUUUGAUAGAAAUGUUACUGUGAUUACCAAUACUCUUAAUGUUGAUGCACCAUUUAGUGAAUUCAUUGCUGCAAGAGGACUUUUUCCACUUUACUUGAGCUUAGAUCAUAGGUUUCCAUUUUAUGACAAUGUGUUUGAUUUGAUUCAUGCUUCAAGUGCAUUGGAUGUUGGAGGGAAGGCUGAAAAAUUGGAGUUUUUAAUGUUUGAUAUCGAUCGAGUUUUGCGGGCCGGUGGUUUGUUUUGGCUUGAUAAUUUCUUUUGUUUUAGUGAAGAGAAGAAACAAACUCUAACAAGGUUGAUUGAAAGAUUUGGAUAUAAGAAAUUGAAAUGGGUUGUGGGAGAGAAAGUUGAUAGUUUUGGAUCAGGAAAAUCUGAAGUUGUGUUGUCUGCUGUUCUUCAGAAACCAGUUAGGGGUUAAAGGUUAGGAGCUUAUACAACAAAUGUAGCCACAAGUGAGAAUAAUCUGAUUCUGCUAUAUCUCUUUCGCGCGAAAUUUGUGCGAAUGAAAUUGUUUUCAACAUCAUCAUCAAAUCUCAUAAGGUGUGGAUUAUAAGUACAAGAAUUGUUUCCUUACCAAUUGUAGACCAACAUUUUGAGGUGACAUAUAUCAUGUAUUUUAGUUAUGUUCUAUAUCCUGUUCUGUAUUUCAGUUCUAGAUGGGUUUUGUAAUUUAUAAGUUGUUGGAAAAUGGAACACAAUAAAUACUGAAUUACAUUUUUGAAUUUUCAUUCUUGACUGUGAUGGAUUCAAUCA